UUCAUCCUUAGAUCGAGUUAGUGACAUUGCUGCAUAUAUAUAUUUUAUGUGUGCGCGAACGAUCGUCAAUAUGACAGUUUAUUUAUUUGUUUGUUGUUUUUGUUUUCUUUGUGAAGUACUGUAAAAAGACAUCAUGCACGUUUUUAGUUUAUUGAGCAAUCGAUAUUAUGUUGAUAAAGAAAAGCGAUCGUUACAAAAUUUAUGCGAAAAAAACUCAUUGAAUUUACAUCGAAAAAUAUGAUUAGUGUUAUGUGAAAUUUCUUUGUUUAUGGAAUACAAUUGAGAAAAAAAAUGUGUUUGUUUAUUUAAAAAAAAAAAACGUUAUAUAUCGAUCCCAAUUGAAGGACUUUAGAAAAUGAAGAAAAAAGAAUAAGAAGAGAUUUGGUGCAUUGAAUGGUUUUGUUUUCUAAUUUGUUUUCAAAUUCGAUUUCAACAACGGCAACGAGACGAAAUUAACAUAUAAAUAUGCCACCUGUACGAAAUGCGCAUUAUAUUAAUGCAGAUGAUCACCCAACAAACCACCUACAAAUCGAUUCGAAUCAAGUGAAAAUGUCAUCGAUGCACAUGCAUCCACAUCAAUCGCCGAUUUCACCGGCAUCAACGCUCCCAACGAUAUCAAAACAAUGCAAUCAAUAUGGUUUGUCGUCAGUGCAAAAUCCAACAGGAUCACAACAAUCCAUACACCAACAAACACCACUUACAAAAGCCGAACUUAGAAAGAAUAACAAGCCAAUAAUGGAGAAAAAACGUCGGGCCAGAAUCAAUCAUUGCCUAAAUGAAUUGAAGACACUCAUUUUGGAAGCUAUGAAAAAGGAUCCGGCACGCCAUACGAAAUUAGAAAAAGCUGACAUCCUCGAAAUGACUGUAAAAUAUCUACAAACGAUACAACGAAACCAAAUAAAUUCACCGAAUGUACCGAAUGAUCCGACCGUUUUGUAUAAAUUCAAGGCCGGAUUUUCCGAUUGUACCAACGAAGUGAGUCGCUACAUAAAUCAAAUCGACGGUGUUGAUGCAACCGUUAAGCAACGUUUAAUGGGACAUUUAAAUAACUGUGUCACUGGAAUUCAACAAGUAUCCACCCCAUACUCAGCUAGUCCGGGUUAUGCAUACCGAUCGACAAGCAGUAAUUCUGAUAUGUUUGGAAAUACAUCAAGCAAUAGUGGAACGAAUUCAUUGUAUCAGCAAUUACCAUUAAACUUACCAGUAUCAUCGGAGAUAAAUAAUAAUAAUCGUAUUCAAAUGGGUGGUGUUCAGUUUAUUCCAUCACGUUUGCCAUCCGGUGAAUUUGCAUUAGUUAUGCCAAACAGCGGUAGCAGCACACCCGAACAAUGGAAACCAUUUUAUUCGAUGGAUUCACUGUCUUUGCGUCAAAAUAGUUUGGAAUUAAAUGAAUCAUUGCCGCGCAGUGCAUUCAGUAAUGUGAAAAAAACUGCACAACAUUUAGAUACAAGUCCAUUGAGUCCGGUAUCAUCGAUAUCUAGUAUAGAUGAUUCAUCAACGAAUCAAACCGAUUUACAAACAUCAGCGGAUACAUCGAGCCCGCAACGAACACCGCCAAAAUGUUUGAGUGCAUUUCCGACACCACCAUCGGGUGGAUCGAUUACUUUAAUCCCAGCAUCACAUUCCGGUCAUCAUCUAAACUCUACCAUUACAUCAGCUGCGUCGCUGCAACAGCCUCACGUUACAUCGACAACCGAACAGUCUUCUACCAGUAUUGCUUUAAGAAUAAAACCAAUUUCGCUCGAAAUGAGUAUGAGGGAAAAUGAAUCGGAAAAUGGUCCCGAUGUACAAUGUAUCACCGCUAAUAAACGAACGCAUGCCAACCAAUCAUCCGAAAAUGAUGAAGGUGAACCGUUGCUAAAAAUCGCAAAAUCCGAACCCAACGAUAAAUCGGACGAAUCAAGCAAUGAUGAUCAGUCUGGAACAGACAACGGUGACAUGUGGAGGCCAUGGUGAAAUUUGACCUCACGUAGAGUUAAUUAAAAUAUAUAAAAUGAAAAUUGUACUCGAUUUUAAUAACUUAUCACUUGUAUUUUCCUUAAUUUAUUUUAAGAGAGACAUUUUCGGACUUGCUUUUUUGAGUGAACACUUUUUUUCAAGCCAUCUAAUUUAAGCACAUCAUUUUUUUUAUGAACAAA